AUGGAGACGUAUGGGGUAUGGGGCGGCGGAGCAGCGGGAGCCACCAUCGCAGCCGCGCUGAACUACUUCGCCGCCGCGCAGUGCUUACUACGCGAGCCUUGGCCGCCGCAAGCCAACCUUGAAAAUGGCACAGUGUUCGACUUCAUCGUGGUGGGAGGUGGUACUGCGGGCGCCGCGCUUGCAUCCCGUCUAUCGGAGUUGCGAGACCACACCGUUUUGUUACUCGAGGCCGGUGGUGAUCCCCCUCUAGAGAGCAUUAUUCCAGGUUUUCGCGAUGCCAUGAAACAAAGCGCAGUGGAUUGGAACUUUACAACCACAAAUGACAAUUUUUCAAGUCAAGCCCUCCGUGAUGGUAGCCAGCGCCAGCCCCGUGGGAAGAUGCUCGGCGGAAGUGGUUCCAUCAAUGAUAUGAUAUACUCUAGAGGAUUUCCAGCGGAUUACGACGAGUGGGCGGCUGAACUCGGGGAAGACUGGAAUUGGAAAAAUGUUUUAAAAAUGUUCAAAAGAACAGAACAUCUCACAGAUGAAAGAAUUAUCAACAACCCUUAUCUCACACAGUUUCAUGGAUUUGGAGGGGAAAUUGAAGUGGCAGGGUUCAACGAAUCUACUCGGGCUACAGAUGAAUUCCUCGCAGCAUUCAAAGAAAUGGGUUUCAGUAUAGUACCUGAUAUGACCAAUCCGUAUGAAAUCGGUGCUGGACGAUUCUCCCACACGAUACGGGAAGGUAGACGAGAGAGUUCUGUCACCGCCUUGCUCAAUUCAGCAGCAAAACGUGAUAACAUGUAUGUUUUAAAAAAAUCUUUCGUUUCUAAAAUACUAAUAGAACAAAAUAAGGCUUACGGGGUGCAGGUACUCAAAGACAAUAAGACAUUGAAUUUUUAUGCGACGAGAGAUAUUAUAGUGUCCGCAGGAACAUUUAAUACGGCGAAGUUGUUGUUAUUGUCCGGCGUAGGGCCAAAGGAGCACUUAAAAGAAAUGGGUGUCGAUGUGGUGGCCGAUUUACCCGUAGGGGAUAAUCUCCAUGACCAUAUUAUGGUGUUAAAUUUUAUUUCAUCAGAAGAAGGAUCUUGUAAAAAAAAUGAAAAUGAGCAUUAUUUAGAUAUAAUUGAGUAUCUUUACGAUAGACGAGGCUUUUUUCAGAAAACGAGUGACUUGGCCGCGUAUAUAUCAUAUAACAGCUCCACACCUAACGUACCCGAUUUUGCAUUUUAUCCCACGUGUAUGGGAAAGAAUAAUGAUUUUUAUGAAGCUUGUACUAAUAUAUUAGGGUUUAAAUCAUAUAUUUGUGAAAGAAUAACAUCAGCUAAUAUAGUUAAGGAAAUACUGAUAGUUGCUGUGGUUAAUUUAAAACCACAAUCGAGAGGCAGGGUGCGAUUAAAGACUCGAGACCCUUUGGACUCUCCGCUGAUAUUCUCCGGGACCUUCAGCGAUGAGAAAGAUUUGAUGCAUUAUCCAGCAGCAAUAAGAACGGCUAGGGCUAUAGCUAACAGUACAUACUUUCGUAAAAAGAGAGCGGAGGUCAUUGACUUAGAACUCGAAGAAUGUAAGGGAAACGACGGCGAUGAUAUGUUGCGCUGUUGGGCGAAGUCGAUGGCAACUUCAGCUUGGCACGCGGUAGGUACGGCCGCACUUGGCUCCGUGCUGGAUUCGAAGUUGCGGGUGCGGGGCGUGCGGAAUCUGAGAGUCGCAGACGCAAGUGCAAUGCCGACAAUAAUACGCGGCAAUACAAAUGCACCGGUCAUCAUGAUUGCGGAAAUGGCAGCGGAAUUUAUCAAAGAAAGCCUCCUCUUAUUAUAG